AGUUGCUUGCAACAGGAGAAGAACAUAUACGUCUAAUGUCAAGCUAUUUUUCGUUUUUUUCACGGGCGAGUACUUCGUUUUCCCCACCCGGCUACUCGGUUAUUUCAAUCGAAUAACCGCAAGCUUGACCAUCACCAUUCACGUUGAUCUUGAUUUUCGGAGCACAUAUAAUUAAGUAACUGAGAUCCUCUAGUAUCUUUACGAAAUCGAAAGGGAAGUUGUAGAUUUGCUAGAAGCACGACAAGGAUGUAAUCGUAUUGAAGAGUUCCACUUUUCUUUCAUCGUCAACAUUGAUCUACUCGUAUUCAAAAGUUCUUCCACUUUUCUUUCACCGUCAUUACGAAGAACAUCAUCAUCAUCGUCAUUAAGAUCAUCCUCAAGUAGGUGAAACGAGAAAGAAAAUGCUACUCAUCAAGAUGCGGCCUCAACACUUCUUCUACCUGCUUUCUGGAGGGACGAUGCCUCUUCAGGAGGUGGGUGCCAUCCACCUGCACCAGGUCCGCCAACCCAGCCCCAGGCGCUCUGCUAGUGCUCCAGCGGCCCUUAUGCAGAAUGGUAAUGAUCUACAGAAUGGUGGCACAACACCAGGCGCAGACUCGUCUUCAGGCGACGUGAGGGAGCCCCUGCCCCUUUGUCCCGAUGGUGAUGGUGAAACUCGCUUUGGUCAGCCCAUGAUCGCAGCAGCAAACCAACUGGUGUGGGCAAUGCAGGGAGGCGGCGUGCGCGCUCUUACCGCCAGUCAUGGAUUCACGCGCGGGGUCUACUAUCACGUCGGGGCGAAGGGAAUUCCAAAGUCUGUCAUCGCGAACAGUGGAGCCAGCUGGUUCGCAACCAUUUUCGCCUAUGCAGCCAUGCAGUCCAGUGAGAUUUUGCUUGGAGACGAGCACAACAAAAACUUUUGCAACUUUUUUCCACCGGAAAGUCCAAGAACGUCUGAGUCUCCAACUCCUCCAACGUCGCAGUCUAGAACUCCAACUCCUCCAAAAUGGACAUUCGCUCCUGGAGGGAACGGACCAGAAGAUCCUUGUUACCAUAUCCUCGCUGUGUACUUCAUCUUCAAUAUAAUUUUAUUUUUCAUUCUUUGCUUCAUGCAUUAUUUGUUCUUAACUUUUGUCAGGCAAAACGUCGAGUAGCAACCUGCAACAUCAAAAGGUCGAGCAUCGUAAUUGAAGAUACAACUAGGACUUCUGCCACUCUACUUUUCGAUACGGAGAUUAGUGAUCACCUUUUUUAACGAAGUUUCUUGAACAUGAAGCCGAUAUUUUUCGUGACUGGUCUUGCUCUGCUGGUUUUUACUUUUUAGUGCCUUAUCGUGGAUACAUAUAGUACAUAUAUAAUUAUAUAGAUAUUUAUAAUUCUGCUGCAAAAUGAAGAUAUAUAUAAUUGAUGUCCUCUCACACUAUUUUUAGGUCUACGAUGUCUCAUAAGAUGCAGUAUGAGGCUUCGUGGAGCGGUCUGGGCACUGGCAGCUUGAAAAAUUGGGGCAUCGCGGUCUACGAGCAGUUUUUUAGGAAGUACGGCAUUGGCCAGCACACGCAACCGCCAGUCGUCAGGGGUCGUCCUUCUCCUUUCGUCGCGGUUACUUAAGGCAAUGUGUUUGUUCCCUCAUUAAGUAAUACACAUACUAAAAAUAGAUCAUCCCCCAACAGGAUUUUCCUUUUGAUAAGAAGAAAAAACUCUUGGAGAUGAUCAAAGGCCACAGGAUGCAGCUGCUCAAGAUCGAUGGUCAAUUUCUCAGGGGAGGCAAAUUAUAAUUAAUACUCUAAGUUACGGCAAUUGACAAGGUGACCUCGACCGGCAGCACAACCGACUGGGUGAACUCGGUCCAAUCCGAAGAUGCCCAUUCGCUACUCCUCUUUGGCCCGCAGAAAUUGGUGCGAGGCGGCAACGGAAACGACUACUCGCAGUGCUGGAGCAAGGACCUGCUAAACGUUCCCACGGACUUUACGGAGGCAACGGGGCUGCGCGCCCCGUGGAGUGGUAAUGUUGGAGUGGUCGAAGCAUCGGCUAUGUCCUCCUGGGCUCUCGGUUUGUGGAAGGUUGACCAACACAAAACGAAGUUGGUGGAGGCCAAGGGUGAAAUCAAAAUGCUUCAGGACCAACCCCCCUUCAGCGGACCCGAUGUCAGCGGACGGCUUCAUAUUGAUGAGCUAAGUAAUGACGUGGCGAGCAGAAGCGCAUACAGAAAAACCAGGGAAGCGAUGGCCUACAUGAAGAACAGUGGGUACAUGAUGCCAAACUUUUCGCCCUCUUCACAAGCUCCACAACUUAAGGCGGAUCCUUCUACUUCCAAACAUGAUGUGUACUUAAACUUAGUGGUCAACAUGUGUUGUAGUACUUAAACUUAGUCAACAACAUGAUGAUGUAAUAAUGUAUCUACUUCAUGUUGUACUAGUAGUAGUUGACCUCAUUACACUGAGGAGGUCAGUGUGGUCUUUUACCUCGUGUUGUCGAAGUGACGCUUCUCCUCACACUGAGGUGUCCUUGACCUCCUGCUCAUUUAGGAAUAUUUAUAAUUCAAAUCUUCAUCGUCGCGAUAGAAAUUUUGUUAUGCGAAGUGCUCCUGUGCUAGCUCUAAUUCGGCAGCCCUGACCGACAACGACCUGGAUACAGCAAAAGCAUCGCUGUCAGAUUGGCCGACUCGUGACUACCACUUAAUGUUAAGGCUAGUAAUCACUCUCUAGAUUAGAAGUGCUGUCCUGAGGAGUUGAUAUCCAGCGUUGUCAGCGUGGUCACCCUUGAUUCAAAGGGAAUAGUUUCAACUUACUUACAAGAUAUCAUUAUUAAGGAGGAACGGGAAAGAAAGUAGUAAAAACUCAGCUGCACUUAUUCAGCAAGUCCGGAUAGUAUUUGCCUGCCGCUAAUGAUGGGAGACGGCGCGAUCAUCGACGACACUGGGUUGAUUGCGGCCGUGUCUGCGGGUGCCAGCCGCGUUGUCAGCUUGCUGCAUGCAGCAAAAGGCCCCUUCGACCCGGUUGCGUUGCGGAAUUGCCUGGCCUACGAGGUGCAUUAUUGUCAAAACAGAGAACGGCUUCUCCGCGAUAAGGCUGCCCCGAUCCACCUUCAGAGAAGUUAUCCUAGAAGAGAGUCUGCUUUUCGAGGAGAAAAGACACGCUUCAGGAUGCACUAUCUUGAGAUGGGAGAUUAGGGCGGGCUCUAAUCGUAACAGGAACCCACCUGACUUCGCAAAAAUGAGUCCACUGGAAUUUGGAAACAACGAGCGCGGGGACGCACGCGCCAUGGAUUUCACCACGGAUGAAAUGACCUAUCUGCAAGAUGCGUUGAAGAGCUUAGCUGCUCCUGUUGCUGCGGACGCGACGCGCGGGACGCUCCUCUUGCGGCCGGUCGAGCGGAUGGAGGACAGAGUGAAGAAAUGCAUUCUGGCGUAUGUGCCGGAUACGCUACUGAUUUUUUUUUUGGGUUUUUCAGCUCACGAAAAGGUCCCUUUCUUCGGCUACAAGCUUUUCUAUCUGAAAUAUUACCGCACCUUCCACAUCGCGGGGCUCAGCGCCCUGCUGCGGGUGAUGUAUCGAGGCAUCGUUCACGGACUGGGCCCGGUCGCGACAAUCGACCUGCAGACGGUCGAAAACAAACACUUCAAGAUCGAAGCCGGGCGCCGCGUUCGGGUAACCUUCGUGGCGAUGUUCCCUGAUUCGCCCGCGCGCACUACGGUGCCCAUGCUGUGGCUGCGCGAACGUGCGGAUUGGCUCCGCAAAAUCCGCGACCACAUCUACAAGAAUGCCCCAAGGAGUACUUGGCUCAGCGCCGUGAUUGGUCGUCGCCAGGCACCCAUGCACGAAGAGUACGGCAAGCUGUGCGAUCUGAUCAAGGCUUUCGUGGAGACGCAAGAUCCGCGAGUCGUCGAGAAAUACGGGGAGGAGCUGGGUGACUGGGGCCCUCGCGCUGCCCCGCGUAAGCACGCAGCACUUGGUUAUUUAAGGCGGAUUCCACCACGACUCUUAGAGAGAUGUCUUUCCAGUAGUACCGAAGCAUCUCUCUAACUCUAAUUCCUCGCUCUUCUUCAAAAUGUAGUUUCUAGAAGAUGUGGACUACAUGCUGGACGAGAACGCCUCCAAUCAAUAUUCAUGUUAAUUAUAUCAGAGUAGUUUAUAGCUAUAGCACGCAUGGUGCAUGGAGUGCAUGAUGGAGUAGCAUGGAGCGCAGAGCUUUGAGGGGCGCAAGAAGCUCCCCCUUUAGCUCCAUGCUACUCCAUGUGAUCCAUGCACUCCAUGCCGUGCGAGAUGUGAAACCUUACAAGUUGCUCUGUUACAUAUAUGACGCAGGGCCGCACGGCCCCCCCCCCUGUGGUCUGGUCUGUGGUGGCGCGCCCGCGCGCUUUUCCGCGCGGAUUUUUCGCGGGUUCUAGUGGUGGAAGGCGUCAAAACUUGGCGCGGGCCUCCCCUUGGGCCUCCCAGCGUGUCCCUAAGGGACACGGUCGCAAGAGCAAGCAAGCCGAUGACCAAGGGCCCGGAGUACAGGCGGCACGGCUCAGGGGGUCCAGCCCCUCGCCCUUUGCCGUCUUCGGAGGCCUUCCGCUGCCGGUGGGCGCAGGCGGUCGCGGCGGCCUCUUUUGUCUGUAGCCAUCUAACCCCUCAAGUCUGUCGGAUACAAACAUGCAAACGAGAAGGAGGCAGCGAGCCCCUUGGCCCCCCCUUGAGGCCUUCCACCUACUUCCCAGGCCUCCAGGGGACACAAAGCUCCUGGAAGGGGCCGGGGGUGGCCCCUUGGCCCCCUUUUGCAGCCUUUCUCCCCCGGCAGACGCCUCAAAAAGGGGCCCAGGGCGCGGGGGGGGGCGUCGCCCCGCGCCCUGGAACAGAUAUGGGAGCGAGCGCCUCCAUGAUGUAGUGAGCAUUAAUGUAUAUACAUGAUAGGUACUGGCACAGUCAAAAAUACGUAGAAAAGGUCUAAUCAAUACAGGAUGGACGUUGCCGAGCUCGUUCCUGGUGCGGAACUGGAUUUACUCCGAUAUGCUCGCCCAUAUCGUCAAGUACUACUCGGAGCACUUCUAUGAAGCCAAAAUCUGUUAUCAUUAUCAAGUUUCUCAAGUAGAAAAGUGUGAUAAUGAUAACAAAUUUUGGGUUCAUAGCUUCCGUCAAGACGGACAGGUCGUGGACGCGAAGAUUAGCAGCGUUAAGGCGGCCUCAUCUAAUCCAUGUCCAUUUCCAUGAUGUCAACAACCGUACUGUAUUUAUUAAACAGAUCCCUGCUCAACUAUAAAUAGAUCCCUGCUCAACUAUAAAUUAUAGAUCCCUGCUCAAACUCACUACCACUAGUUUCCUUUAUAGGGAACCUCCUCCUUCGACAAGUAUAGCUAUGAUACAUGUAGCGGAAGCGGAUACAACAACUAAAUUCUUUUAACCACGGAUCCCCAUCCGUCCCCCCCACUACGAACUACAGCUAACAACAAGAUGAGCUAAAGAUACAAUCGCUAGAAUUUUUGAUUUUGAGUAGGGCGCAUCGAGAGACACAGCACAAAGGUGACUGCUAGGCUCCGGGAGACAACUACUCCAAUAUAUAACAACUGCUUGUUAUGUUGGGAUAUUGAUUUACUAGAAGGACUUUCUCUACUAAUAGACAUGUUGUUCCUGCUCUAAUUAUAAACAAAAAUACGCUCCGGACGUGGAUCCCGAAUACAAGUUCAGUAAAACACCUUCGGAAGAAAACCCACUUGAGAAUGCAAAACCGUGGUAUUUUGGUUAUGGUAGAAGAUGUUAUAGUUGAGUUGGUAUCUUCUCAACGUUUAUUCUAGUUUAUUAUCAUAUGUCCCAGGGCUCAGGGCUGAAGGCCCCCCCGGUGUAAAUUCUUGGGGGGGCUCCGUAAGACAAAAGAAAAACGAAGGCCCUGGGGCUCCCGCGUGACGCGUGACGCCUCAGGCGGCGCUCAGAACUUCCGCGCGCGAACGGUCAAACCCAACCACAGGCCCAAAGAGAGUGCGCCAGGAAACAAAGAGGGGCGCGAAUAGCCACAAAGCAGCCCGGCCAACGGUCUUAGGGCUGGCGGCUCGUGAUCAGAGGGCGGGCCGUGGUUUUCGGACUGGCUCCCUCAUCAUUUUGAAAACGGUGAGAGACAGAGCAGCAGCCCGACGAGCGGAGUGGCCUGCGGUUCAACAAGCGUGGGGCCAAGUGCGUGCGCGGUCGGCUGUCGUGGGGUGGGUUUUCUUCUUAGGACUAUGUGGGGGCCAUUCAAAUCUAGGGGGAUUCGCGUGACCCCCGCGGAGUUCGAGGAAAAACAUGCGGCGAGAUGUUUGGAGCAGAAUGGGAGCCCAAUCGGAAACCGCCCAAGCCAUGCCUCGCACCGCCCGCCGACGUGCGCGGGCCGGCAGGGAGUGAGGCAGGCCCGCCACGUGCGGGCCGCGCGCGUGGUUUUCAGGAGCGGAAAAGGAAAGGCGGAGCAGGGCAUGGCGCUUGGAGGGCGCCUCGCUCAUGGGCGGGGGCUUGCUAUUGAAUCCUGACAAGCACAAGAACACCCAGACAAGAGCUGCUAGCCAAGGACACCCAGACAAGAUAGAACACCCAGGCAAGAACAUCCAGAAAAGGACACCCAGACAAGAACCCAAGGACACCCAGGCAAGAACACCCAGACCGGACCACCUAGGCAAGAGCAUCCGGAUAAGAUAGAACGCCCAGACAAGAACACCCAGGCAAGAACACCCAGACAAGAACAGGCAGGCAAGGGCACACACAUAAGGACACCCAGACAAGGACAGCCAAACAGGGACAGCCAGACGAGGACAUCCAGACAAGAACAACCAGACAGGAACACACAGACAAGAACACCCAGGCAAGGGCCAGGCGGAUGGCUUGGCGGGCGCACAGGUGGGCCAUGUCUCUCGGUACUGUUCUGCUUGGAAGUGGGCCGCGCGUCAUGCGUCGCCGGAUCGUGUUUCUCGGUAUUGUUCUGCCUCGGAGCGUGACGCGCGUCACGCGUCGCCGGGUCAUGUUUCGCGAUAUUGUUCUGCUCUGGAGCGUGACGCGCGUCACGCGUAAUUUUUUCAUGUUCCACCCUAAGUAAGGGUCGGGGAUGGAGCGUGACGCGCGUCGCGCAUGGUUUUUUCAUGUUUUACCCUAAGGUUCGGGCUCGCUUGGAGCGUGACAGAGUGUGUGACGCAAAAGGAGGACCGCAAGAGGGGAGCACCACUAAGGAAGGGGGGCCUUAGCGUCUAGUGGGUUAAGAGCUCUAGGGCGUUGGCUUGUUUAGCCUUGCGGGGGGGCGGCCCAGCCCCGGACCCUUUUCUUCGAGGGACUGCAAGGCGGGAAGGCCUCCAAACGCCAAACUUCGCGCCCUCCUGGCUUCUUGCGUGUACCCUACAGAAACCCCUGAGGCCGUUCAAGCACCGACGGCCGGAAGUGGAAGACUUCUGAAGGCGGCAAAGGUAACAAGGCGUGACCCCCUUGCCGUGUUGUGUGUACCCUGCAGACCCCCCGCGCGCGGGCUCCUCACUGGGGGAGCUUCUUGGGGGGUCGGUGGAGGGACUUCGAGGGCGGCGAGCAGGUGGCAAGGCUUGACGCGACCCCCUUGCCGUGUUGCAUGUGCCCUACACCUCACUGGAGGAGUUUGGCCCCUGCUGCCCCCCAUGAGGGCCAAAGGGGCCAGGCCUCACGACCGUGGCCGCCUUCGGCAGCCUUCUUCUCCCGGAGUCAGUCUGUCCCCCGCUCUGAUAGGGCCCAAGAGGCGGGACGCCUGUGGGGUACACACGGAGGGCCGCGGCCAGGGGCCUCCGGCUCCGCCUUUUGAGGCCUUUCCCCCCGUGGGUCCUUACAUGAAUGUCACCACCGCGAAAGAAAGGGCGCGCCCGCGGACGCCACCGCCGCUCCAUCCACAGGCGGAGGCCCCCACCCCUGGAACAUUCAUAGAUAGCCACUUGUUUUUUUAAAAUGUAUUUCUGUUUCUGAACCUUGUCAGCAUGAGCAUGAUCUUCAGGAGCAUGAGUUACAAGAAGAAAAAACUUCUGAUCAUGUUCUUUGAUGUGCUUACUAACUCGUCCUCAAGUAGUACAGCUACAGCGACAACUACCUCCACUAGCUACAUAAUAUAGACACGAUCAGCAAGAAGACCUUUCUCAGCUCUAAUUCGCGUUUCGAUUGCCCACCCGGUGACCGAUGGGAAAAAUUCGAUUUACCGGGCCAUGAUUCGUGGAGGCUACGUGAAUAGGCUGUUACGUUAGGAGAGAGGAAUAAUAGGCACUAGAGGAGGCAGAAGGAAUAAUGGGUAUACGAACGCAAAGGCAAAAAUUCUAGCGAAGUAGAGUAUAUUUUGCAGUAGGUCCACCAAUAUGGGAAGGCUCUAAUUCUGUACUGCGGGCACUUAUUGCCAACCUCAUUCUUUCACCAGGCCGCUUCGCUAUAUGUUUGUUGAGCUUCCGCGCUGUAGAUGACCAGCGUGGCAUGUGACUUCACUGGUCAAGAUCCCAAAACUCCAUCGCUAUUCACUUCCGACCUCUGCGCCUAGGUUUAGUACAGGACUGCUUAUCUGGUUUAGUGCGGUCUAGUCGUAGUUGAUUACUUAAAGAGCAAAACAUCCAGUAGGAGGUAAGCCAGUAAAUCAGCCAUCAGCCUUGCGGCGCAUCAUACCCUUGCAGGUGUGCUGACUUGCUCAUGGGGCCCCGCUGCGUCCGGUUGCGCCUUAGGUUUUCUGCAAGGGUCGACUGUGCGGCCCUAAAAUAGUUGUAGAAUUGUCGGCCGAAUGUGCGGCCUUAUGUUCCCCCAGUCUGUAGGUGAUUAAUCGACUAAAUUAAGUGGCUAAAAGGGAAGCAGCAUAUAGUCAUAUUACCGCAGAAUAUCAAAAAUGUAGACUACGCCCGCAAUGGGAUACAGGGCUAGCGGCUUGAGUUUGAGUCUGAGUUACCCGAGUUCAGAAAAGAUCGAAACAUGCUAGCUGCCUCUAAUGCUAAACGCGAAUGAUAAGUAGAUGAUGAAUAAGUUUAAGUCGCCCUCUGUGCGAAACAUUGGCCGAAAGCCAUCGUUGAUUGUCA